AUGCUCGAGUGGCCCCGAAUCCAGUUCUACGAACUGGGCGACCAAUCCUGGCUCCCAGGCUGGCUGCACCAACACGAGCAAUUCACCCUCACGCAGCUCUGGCACCUCUCCAUCCCAGGAUGGAGCCACGGCAGCCUGGCCACACAGGCCUGCACCAUCAUUCGUGAGCAUCUACCGGAUGUGUCGUCGUACUUGUUUGUCGACCUCUGCGCCGGCGCCGGCGGGCCCACCCCGUUGCUCGAACGGGAACUCAAUCGAGCUCCCGAGCAGGCCAACGGCAGCGAUAGCAGUGCCCGACCGGUCCGAUUCUUGCUCACUGACCUUUUUCCUCAUCUCGAGGUCUGGAAGGGCAUCACCAAGAAGCAGCCCAACAUCUCCUAUAUCCCUUCCGCCGUGGACGCACGGGAUGCCCCGCGCUACACCCCAAAAGACCGCAAGGAGUGUCGCAUCUUCAACAUCUGUUUUCACCACUUCAAGGAUGAGGAUGCCCAAAGGAUUCUGCAGAAUGCGGUGGAGGAGGCGGAUUCGUUUGUGAUCUUUGAAAUCACCGCCAGGGACCUCUGGACGUGCCUGUGCUCCCCGUUGGUUUUCUUCUUCGCAUACGCCGUGACGCUGCGGUGGUACUGGUGGUCGCCGCUGCAUCUGUUCUUCACGUAUGUGGUGCCGGUGGCCCCGGUGGCGCUGUGGGUUGAUGGGCUCAUCUCGUGUUUGCGGACGCGGACGCCCGAGGAGAUCUCGGCGCUGGUGCAGCGGCAGGAGAUAGUGGAUGUGACCGGGUGGAAGUUUUCCAGUGGAAGCCGAACGGUGCAGUGGCCUUUUAUCACGUUACAUUAUUAUGUUGGGUAUAAAACAACUGGGAAGCUCCCCUGCACAGAGCGGAAAAGCGGAAACCGGGCUGGGUGGUCCAAGCGUCCCUCCCGCUCCAUAAUAAUUAUAGGCGCCGGCCUCGGCGGCCUCACCACCGCCAUCGCCUGCACCAAGCAAAACCUCGACGUCCUCGUCCUGGAGAAGUCCCCCCACCUGCAGACCGCCGGCGCGGGCAUCCAGAUUCCGCCCAACGGCACGCGCGUCAUGCGCGAUCUGGGCCUCCUUCCAAAACUUUCAAACGAAGGGGGGGCGAAAGUCCUCGAGCACGUGGAUUUCCGUCGCUACGCGUCGGGCCAUCUCAUCCGAUCUAUGCCCUUUGGGGCGGGGAUGGUGAGGGAGUUCGGGGCGCCGUGGUUGAUCAUCCAUCGGGCGGAUUAUCAUCGUGUGCUGUAUGAGGAGGCUGUCCGGCUAGGGGUGCAGGUCAGGCUGGGGGUCGAGGUGGAGGGGGUGGACUUUGAGGGUCCAACGGUGCUUUUGGCGGGUGGGGAGCGCGUGCCCGGGGAUGUGGUUUUGGGAGCUGAUGGACUCUGGUCGCAGGUUCGUGGGUGGGUGGUCGGUGGAGAUGGCGCGAUGCCCCAGGAAACCGGUGAUUUGGCGUAUCGGGCUGUGAUUCCGAGAACGGAGCUUGAGGCUCUUGGGGAUGAGAAGGUGGACGAGUUGUGUCAGCGCGUCGCGGUCACUAGCUACCUCGGGCCCCGGAAACAUACUAUCUUUUACCCUGUGCGGGGCGGGACGGAGUUUAAUCUGGUCUUGCUGCGGCCGGAUGAUUUGCCGUCGGGGAUGAGGAGGGAGGAGGCGGGGGUGCAGGAGAUGCGUGAGAGUUAUGCUGGGUGGGAUCCGACGCUGGUGUGCAGGUUGCUGACUGAAAUACAGGGUCGAGUGGCUCUUCUCGGCGACGCUUGUCAUCCUACCCUGCCGUAUCAGGCUCAAGGAGCGGCGAUGGCUGUUGAAGAUGGAGCCGUCAUUGGUAGACUUCUUGGGCUUUUGCAGAGCCAUCUAUUGCAGUCCGAGUCCCAGGGAAAGGGAGUGUCUACCGCAGACAGUAUCGCUUCGAUACUGAAGCUUUACGAACAAGUCCGAAAAGGGCGUACAACACGCAAUGUGCGGGCGGCGCGCAUCAACCGGUUCCUACUCCAUAUAGCAGACGGUAUUGUGCAAAUGCUCCGCGACUUCUUGCUGAGGUAUAUGGGCGUCACUCGCGAGAGCGACUGGAGUUGGCUCUUCUCUUUCUCAAUGAGACAGACGUUGGGUCUAGAUGUCAUUCGUGACUGUGAGGCUGCGUUUGAGGAGUGGGUGCGCGAUUCGGGAACUAACGAGGUUAUACGGAUACAAGGCUGA